AGUCGAUUGAGUUUAUCUAUUAAGAACAGACGAUUUUAUUCAAUCGAGAGUCCAAAGAAAAUUAAAGUCAAUGAUAUUGAAAUUAAUUACCUUAAAGUAGGAAGUGGACCUAAAACUUUGCUACUUCUUCCUGGAGCAUUAGACUUGAAAUAUUUCCUGAUGGCAAACACAAUAUACAUUUAAGAUAUCCUGAAAAAUUUAAUUCUUCAAUUGAAAAUUUUUUAUCAAGUUUGCAAUAAUUUCAAAAAAAAAAUUUUUUUGAUUUUUAUUAUAAGUUAACUUUGAAUAGUAUGAAUACAAUGGCUGAUUUUAACGAUCAUAUUAAAAGUAUAGAUUUAAAACAGAAGAAGUGGUUUUAUAAGGGAGAAGGAAAUGCUAACCUAGUUUUGUCAAUACCAGAGGAUAGUAUAGUUUUAAGAAUUUUGAAAGUAGAAAAUGAUAAGGUAGAUAUUGAAACUGUGAAAUCAAUUUUAAUGAAUGCUAUUUGUUUUUAUGAAGUUAUUACAUCAUUGUUUUUUCAUAAACAAUAUAUUAAAAUUCCAGAAUUAAUGAUUAUUAAGAAUAAAAGUAUUUCUGAAAUAAAUAAAGAUCUUAAAACAUUUAGACCAAAAAUAAGGCUUCAUAAAAAUAUAGGUAGUUUAUUAGUUGCUGUAUAUCCAGAUUAUACUCUUUCUUUGCCAAAAAUUACUUCAUUAAACGAAACACAUUAUAAGGAACCUAUCUAUUGUGUAGAAAUCAAACCAAAACAAGGAUGGAUAAUUGAUAGUGAAAAAGUUAAUUCCAAAUGUUUUUUCUGCAUGAAUCAGUAUUUAAAAUUUGUUGAGAAAACGAUUAAUACAUUUAGCUGUUACUGCCCAAUGGAAUUGUUUUCUGGAAAUGUUGAAAGAAUGAAAGAAGCUAUUAAGAAUUUACUAUUAACACCUCAGAAUAAUUUAAAACUAUUCAAAAAUGGUUUACCAAUAACAAAUAAUUACCUAGAAAGUAGUCUUGAUGAUGUUUUUGAAAAUGUUGAUGAGUUUUCUAUGUUAAUAGUGAUGUCAUUAAUUAAAGAAUUUAAAUAUUUUAUUAAACAUAACUAUACAAUUAUUACCCAAGCUGAAAACUUAAACAAUUGUAAAGAAAUUCAUAAAACUGAUUUAGAAAUUACAGCACAUAAUAUUAAGUUUUCCGGAAAAGGUUGCAAUUUUAAUUAUACCAAUCUUCCAGAAAAUUGUGUGUUAAAUUAUAUUUUAUCAAUGCAAAAAUUACAGUCUAUUGAUUUUACCUCAAUUUACUCAGAAUAUAAGGAAAAUGCCAAUGAAUUAACAGACUACUAUUAUGUUGAACAGUUAAAUUCUAAGAUUAAAAAUUCCAAUUUUUUAAAUUUGGAUCUUUUUGAAAGAUAUUUAUUAGCAACUACUGCUCGAGAUUGUUCAAUUUACGUAACAUUUAGAAAAUUAAAUUCUUUUCAAUUAAAUCAAACAAAUCAAGAUUAUUUAAUUGAUAUUAACAACAAAUACUACUUUAUUAAUAUUAAUGUUGGUGAUUUGGAUCCAAAGCCUUUAUCAUGCAUUAAAAAACAUUAUAAAAGAAAUAUUAACAUUUUAAAAGCCUACAUUCAUUAUUACAAAAAUUAAAAUUUUAUUGAAUAAUAUUUUUUUAAAAAUGAUUUUCUCUAAUUAUAACUAUCAGAUUCAUAUCUAUAUUUUGGUAAUUAUUUAUUAUAAAUGUAUUUAUAUAAAAUUUUGACAAAAACUUGUUAUAUAAAAAUAUUAACCUAGUUAUUUAAUAUUCAUUUUAAAUGUUGCAUAUAUUGAGAAAUCUUAACUCUAUAAUGUUUAUAUACAGAAUUAUCAAUGUAUAAAAAGAUAUAAAUUAAACUAAAACUAUAAUUUUUUA